CGCCCAAUCCGCGGACGCUCGGUCCCUCCCGGCGGCGCCGGGCCCGGGCGCGCCCUCGGCUCCGCGCCCAGCGGGCUAGCAAACUUUGCGGGUCCCGCGGCCCGGCGCGCAGCCCCGCGCGCCCAUGUCCGCGCCGGCUGCGGGGCGGCGGGGACGGCUGCUGGGCUCGGCGGCCCGGGCUGUCGCCGGCGCCCGGGCGCGGAGCCUCCUGCCGGCCGGGGACGGAGCCCCGCGGCGCUGCCCUCCGCCGCGCGCUGGCCGGGGCUCUCGGCGAGACGCACGGAGAGCCCGGCGGGCAGCCCCGGCUCCGGGGGCGCGGCGCCUCCUCGGACGCCCGGCGCUCGCCGGCCCGCCCGGGCCCGAGGAGCAGCGGCCGCCGCGCCCGCCCCGGCGCCUCGGCCGCGCCGCCGCCGCUCGCCGCCCGCCUCCGCAGCCGCCGCCGCUCGCCGAGCCCGCCGCCCUCCGCUUCCCGGGCUCGGCGUCCGGAGAGCCGCUCCUGCCUGCGCCGAGCGGGAGCUGCGGGGGCCGCGUGAGCCGGGGACGAGCGCGGCGGAGGCGGAGGCGGAGACGGAGACGCGGAGAGGGGGGCCGAGCGCUACCCCGUGGCCGCGACUGGAGACAGCCUGCGCGCGGGGAGGGGGGUGGCGGCGGCGGCGGCGACGGCCCCGAGCCAGGCCCGGGAGCGAGCCCCGCAGACCCGCGGUCCGUCAGCGCGGCCGCGGGACCCGCCGGAGGGCAGCGAGGACAACCCCGCGCCUGGCGGGGGAGAGGUUAGGCUUUCGAAGAGUCUGGAAACGCUCAGGGCCCAGAGCAAGACAAAAGGGAGGCCCGGGACUUACAGAUGGCUGAGAAAGUGAAGUUGGUGCCAAGGCGUAUGCAUUCUUUGUUCCUUCUUUUCUUUUUCUUGCUUUCGAGCUCUGCAGGCUAAGGGGUAGAACGGAAAAUUGGUGAGGGAGCCACAGAGAAGAGGAGUGGCCCAGAGGAGUGGAAGAAGCCAGUUGGGGUUUGCAAGACGGAGUUAAACUUUCCUGGCCCUAGACGGUUUUGCCUCCCUGGACUCCU